AUGCCAGCACGGGAUUUUACCUGUGUCUUCACCGGCCGUCACCAGGGAGAGGAGGAAACGCAAGCGGUGCCAACUGAUGACUGGGAUGAGACCACAGAAGCUCAGUCAGAUUCAAACCCACUGAGUGAAGUCCCUCUCAGUCAUGACAGUCCUGAUGUGGGAGAGAAACCAGCUUCCUGCUCCAAGACCAAGAACACAGGAAAGAGUACAUUCCCCUGCUCCCUCUGUGGUAAACAGCUUACCCAGAAAGGAAAACUCAGCAGACACAUGAGAAUCCACACUGGAGAGAAACCAUUCCCCUGCUCACUCUGUGGAAAAAGGUUUGCACAGAAAGGAGACCUCAACAGACACAUGAGAAUCCACACUGGAGAGAAACCGUUCCCUUGCUCACUUUGUGGUACAGCGUUUGCACAUAAAGGAACCCUCGAGCUACACAUGAGAAACCACACUGGCGAGAAACCGUUCCCCUGCUCACUCUGCGGUACAGCGUUUGCCAGGAAAGGAGACCUCAACACACAUAUGAGAAUCCACACUGAAGUGAAAUCAGUCGUCUGCUCACUCUGUGGUAAAGGGUUUACUGAGAAAGGAACCCUCAAGACACACAUGAGAACCCAUACUGGAGAGAAACCGUUCGUCUGCUCACUCUGUGGUAAAGGGUUUGCACAGAAAGGACACCUCGAGCUACACAUGAGAAUCCACACUGGAGAGAAACCGUUCCGCUGCUCACUCUGUGGUAAACAGUUUACCGAGAAAGCAAAACUCAACAGACACAUGAGAAUCCACACUGGAGAAAAACCGUUCCCCUGCUCAUUCUGUGGUAAAGGGUUUGCACAGAAAGGAAACCUCAAGCUACACAUGAGAUACCACACUGGAGGGAAACCGUAGAGACGCAGUCUUGUGUGUGUGUGUGUGUGUGUGUGUGUGUGUGUAUGGGGGAAACUUCAUCGAGCAUCAUACAAAUGUAAGCAAACAUGAGUGUGUCAGUGAGAGCAGCAGCAGGAGAUGCUUCAGAGUCAAUGCUGAUGUUAGAGAUGCAGCACAUCCCAACACAUUUUGUUACAUAUGUUGUGUUCAUCCGGCCGCGGAACACUGGACCAGCUCUUUACCCUCCGGAGGGUGCUCGAGGG